GCCAUAUAUUUCACUGCUGCUCUGUCCAUAUCCUGAGACAACGAUGGCGUCUGCAGGCCUCCAGAUCCUUGGCAUCUUCUUGGCAUCCAUUGGCUUUUUGGGAGACAUCAUCAUCUGUGCCCUGCCCAUGUGGAAGGUAUCCGCUUUCAUUGGCAACAACAUUGUCACAGCACAAAUCUUCUGGGAAGGCCUGUGGAUGAACUGUGUGAAGCAGAGCACUGGCCAGAUGCAGUGCAAGGUCUACGACUCCAUGUUGGCUCUGCCCCGAGACCUGCAGGCCGCCCGGGCUCUGGUCAUCAUCUCCAUCCUCAUCGUUUUAAUGGGAGUGCUGCUGUCUGUCGCUGGAGGGAAGUGCACCAACUGCAUUGACGAUGAAGUUGCUAAAAGCAGGGUAGCUAUCGUUGCAGGUGUGUUCUUCAUCGUUGGUGGCGUCUUAUGCCUGAUUCCUGUGUCGUGGUCUGCACAUGAGGUCAUCAGGAACUUCUACAACCCUGUUAUGAUCGACGCACAGAGAAGAGAGCUCGGAGCCGCGCUGUUCAUCGGCUGGGGAUCGGCAGGACUCCUGCUCGUCGGGGGAGCGCUGCUCUGCUGCCAGUGUGAGCAGCAAAAGGACAGCAGAUACUCGGUGAAAUACUCGGCCCCACGUUCCUCAGCCAGUGGAGGAGCCUACGUUUGAGAGACUUGCAAGUAAUUUUAAUUGUUCAUGAUGUUAUACUGCAGGAAAUGUGGACUGAUUUAGGUUUUUAGUAUUUUUAAUAAAAUGUAUUUAACACCUUAA